ACAUUUUUGUUAUUUUCAUGAGGUCGAGAAUCUUAUAUAUGGUGGCGUGGUAUCGUAUUUCUAAUUGGUUGUUAUAGUCACUGGCAAAUUCAAAUUUAUGAAUUCGCCCCGGAAGAACACGAAAUCUCAUAAACUACCCAAAAUCGGACUAUAAAUGCAAAUCCUCGAUCCAACGAAUGUGAAUUACCAAAUCAAGACCCCGGAAAAAUGUCGACGCAACUUGAGACCCACAGAGCAGACGCCGAGAUCUACCAUGGCGACGCUAUCUGCAAGCAAAAAUCUCAAGAACUUCUCGAUCAAUUCUUUCUUCCCCGAGGACUUCUCCCCUUAAACGACAUCCUCGAGGUCGGCUACAAUCGGACCUCCGGUUUCAUCUGGCUCAAACAGCAGAAGAAAAAGGAGCAUCGAUUCGUCGCCAUCGGACGCACUGUCUUGUACGACACCGAGGUUACGGCCUUUAUCGAGGAGCGCCGCCUCCGUCGCCUCACCGGAGUUAAGAGCAAGGAGUUCUUCUUUUUGAUCACCGUUUCCGAUAUUUAUAUUGAUGUACACAACACGAGUAGGAUCACGUUUGGUACUCUGACUGGAAUUUCAAAGUCUUUCCCGGUCUCUGCGUUUCUGAUUGAAGAAGAAACCGAUCAGAAGAAGUAAAAAUUAUUGGGGAUUGAAGGAAACGAUCGGUGAAUUCUACAAAAUUAUGAGUCAAUUCGGGUAAUUUGAUGAUAGAAAUCUAUGUUCACUUAAAACUAGGGCACAGAUCUCCUGCUUAUUUUAGUUCAAAUAGUAUGAAUUCGGUUGCAGAAAAGUGAAAUUACUCUCUGAAUUAAAUUUCAAUUGUAGACUUCAUGUACUUUCAUCUUCUAAAUUUGGUGAUCUUGUUGGAUGAUGAACGCUAGUGUUCGAAUCUCCCAAGGUGUUUUAGUAUUGUAGAAGUUAAGUUCAUCUUCAAUCGCGGCUGUUCAAAUGAAAAACUUGAAAUCCAGAAAUUGAAGAACACAAAAACUUGUAUA